AUGAGUUUGGAAUGGGAAGACACUGCUUUUGAUAUGGCUUCAUUGUCCUUCAUUUCUGAUCUGAACCAGAGUAAAUUGAAACGAGUCAUUGUUGCCAAUGCUUUACAGAACGAGGAUUUGGCGAGUUUAGAACAUUUGGGUACUUCCAGAUUUGGGUUUGUAAAUUCGCAAUUGCGAAGUCAGGCAUGGUUGAGUAUUUUGCAGUCCAGAGUCAAAGGGUCACACGCAUGCGGGUCGUUGAAAGAGCCGCAUAAGGACGAAUAUCAAGUGAACUUAGACGUGAAUAGAUCAUUUUCUUUUAUUAAAGAUUCUUCAGAAAAAUUACAAUUAAGGGAUCUGCUCUAUGAUACGAUUGUGAAAACUUUAAGAAAGUUCCCACAGUUAAAUUAUUACCAGGGAUAUCAUGAGGUUGUGUCAGUUUUUGUACUAGUCUGUGACCGUGAUUCUUUGAAUGAAACAGUAGAACUUUUUACAUUACUAUAUCUCAGAGAUUAUAUGAUGGACUCUCUACAGUGUACUUUGGAACAACUCGAAGUAUUAAGUCAAUUUAUCAUGGAAAGAGAUGCUGACUUAGCGAAAAUCUUACAAUUGAACCAGAAAAAGCCCAUAUUUGCCAUUGCUUCCGUUUUGACCUUAUUAAUUCACAAUUUCGAAAACUUUGAAGAAGACAGCCCUAUUUUUUCAAUCUUUGAUAUCGUAAUAACGACCAAUAAUUUAUCUAAUCUGUUCGUCGUUUAUACAGAACUGUUAAUUUAUUUUAAGGUGCCAAUUUUAAAACAAGUGGAGGCUUAUGAAAUUGAUUUUGAGAAUGACAUGGACCUGAUACAUUCUGUAGUACAACAAACUUUGCUGAAAUUUCUAACCCGAUCAUCAUGGGAUGAAAUAUUAACCCAGGCAAGACUACGGCUAAACAAUAGUACGGUUAGAGUGGCAAAAUAUGUCAACAAAUACAGUAGUUUGAUAUCUGUAUCCAAUAUUGAGUUCUCUGAAUUAAUAAACGUUCUUUCAAAAGAAAUAGAAUGGGACGCUUCAAGGAAAAUCGUCAAAGCGUCACCAAAGAUUCCACUAUUUGUUAAAUGGUCUCUCGUUAUAGGCAUAAUUGCGGCUGUAAUCAAGGUGGGUUCUUCACAUACCAACACUAUACAUAGUUCUUCGUUGAUAGAUUCUUUGAAAAAGGUGCUAAGUCCGUAA